UAUAAAUACAGCCAAAUGGCUUUUGCCGGCACAGAACAGGCGGAGACAGCGGAGGAGCGGCGUACAGGGAUCUACUUGGACACCUGCAGGACUGGACUCGUUUCUCGGACUGGUCGAUCAAUGAAGGAGAGACGGCCGUGUCAGAAGUCCUCUCCGAAAGCCGGCAUGGACCCCAGUCAGAGUGUCAAGUGCAAGAUAGUGGUGGUGGGGGACAGCCAGUGCGGGAAGACGGCGCUGCUUCACGUGUUCGCCAAGGACUGCUUCCCCGAGAGCUACGUCCCCACGGUGUUUGAGAACUACACGGCCAGUUUUGAAAUCGACACGCAGAGGAUCGAGCUGAGCUUGUGGGACACCUCAGGAUCUCCGUACUACGACAACGUGAGGCCCCUUUCCUACCCAGACUCGGACGCUGUCCUCAUCUGUUUCGACAUCAGCCGUCCAGAAACCCUCGAUAGCGUAUUAAAAAAGGUGCGUGGCUGCUUGCUAAAGUCAAAAACUGAAUACUUGUAUGUUAUAUAAAACUAUAGCCUAUUG